AUGGUCUUAAACGCCGAGAGUAUUCUAUCUGUCUAUUUCGUCGCCCGAUUUCUGUCUUCUACGGCGUCGGUAUUCUAUCUAUAUUCGAUGGCGAAGGUAUUAUAUCCAUCGUCUAAAGCGACCGAAUUUUAUCCAUCUUCUCCAGGGACAGUAUUUUAUCUAUUACGUCCAUCGUAUUCCAUUCAUCUUCUACGGAAACCAACAAUUCAUUUUCUAGGCGACUAUAUUCUAUCUAUCACUUACCGCUACAUUGUUUUAUCUAUCUUCUUCGGCGAUCGCAUUCUGUCUUCUGUGGUGAUCUUAUUCAAUCUAUCUUCUACGCCGACAACUUUAUCCAAAUCAUCUUCUGCGGCUACUGGAUUCCAUCCACCUUCUACGACGACCGUAUCCAGCUUCUACGGUGACCGUAUUCUAUCCAACUUCUACGGCAGCCGUAUUCUAUCUAUCUAUUACGGCGAUAGUCUUCUGUUCAUCUUCUACGCAGAAUUAUUUAAUUCACUUUCGACGGCGACCGUAUGCUAUCUAUAUUCUGCGUUGGCUUAUUCUAUCUUCUACGGCCAUCAUAUUCUAUUCAUUUUCUACGACGGCUACGGCAGUAUUCUAUCUAUCUAUAAUGGCGACCAUGAUAUCUUCUACGGUGAACUUAUUCUUUUCUAUGCGGCGACAGUAUUGUUUUCUAUUUUCUCCGCUGAUCCUAUUCUAUCCAUCUUUUAUGGAUACCGUAUUCUAUUUAUCUAUAGCGAAUGCAUAUUGUCUAUUUUUUACAGCGACUCGACCGUAUUAUAUCUAUCUUCUACGGGAACUAUAUUCUAUCUAUCUUCUACGGAGACCGUAUUCUGUACAUCUUCUACGCCUACAGCAUUCUAUCUAUCUACUACGGCAACCCGACCGUAUUCUAUCUAUCUUCUACGGCGACCGUAUUUUAUGUAUGUUCUUCGGCUACAGUGUUUUAUCUACCUUCUUAGGCGACCAUAUUCUAUCUUCUACACGCAGGUAUUCUAUCUAUCGACUAUGGCGACCGUAUUCUAUCCUUCUUGUACAUCGAUCGUACUGUAUAUAUCUUCUCAGGCGUGCCUAUUCUAUACAUUUUCUACGGCGACUAUAUUAUUUUUAUCUUCGACGGCUACCUCAUUCUAUCUAUCUUUUACGGUGAUGUUAUUCUAUCUUCUACGGCGGCCGUAUUCUAUCCAACUUCUACGGACACCUUAUUCUCUCCAUUUUCUACAGCGACUCUAUUUGACCCAUCUUCUUUUGCAACCGUAUUCUAUCUAUCUUCUAUGA